UUGAAACAUCCACAUGUUCUCCACGACUGCCCGUUUACCGUUUGUUGUUCUUCGGUUUCAAGGAUGUCUGCACAGGCGGCUUCGGAUCCGGUGAGAGAAGGAGGUACGAGCUCGAAGUCGAGUAAGAAGAAGAAGAAUAAGAAGAAGGCGGGAGCCGCCGCUGAAAAGAAGGCCGAGGAAUCGGAGAUUGUGGAUGGGAAUGAUCACGAGAAGGGGGACGGGGAAGAGGAGCAAGGCGAUGAAGAGGAGGAGGUCCAAAAUAAAGCCAGUGGACCCCAGCCGUCGGAAGAACCAGACGAUGUCGAGGACGAAAAACCGCCGAUUAGUCCCGGGGUGCAAGCGAAUGGCGCAAAUCUACACUCCAUAUCUUCUGCUGUUGCGCUGGGUCUUGCUAGAUCGCGAUCACAAGGGGGAUUAAGCCCGUCGCCUCCUCCGCCGUCGGACGCCGCCGCAAGACUCGAAGCGUUAGCGAAGGAGAGGGAUUCGCUCCGUCAGGAGGUUACCGAGUUGCGGAAGAGCUUAGAGAGUAUAAGAGGGAAGCAUGAGGAGGAGUUAAGCAACUUGCAGGCAGAAUUGGAGGAGGCGAAUGAGGGGAAGGAGCACUUCGAGACGCAGUACAGGAAUCUGCUUGGGAGGGUUAAUACUAUCAAGAGCUCUCUGGGGGAUAGGCUGAAAGCUGAUGCGGCCAGGCUCGAGGAGGCUCAUACACAAAUAUCGGAACUCGAGGAGCAGAACCGGGAGCUCCAGGAGAAUAACAACAGUCUUACCGAGGAGCUAUCGAAACUGCGGCGGGAGAAUGAAGCACACGCGGCUGAGAUAUCCAACCUGAGGUCAAGAGCAACACUCUCUCAACAGAACUGGAUCAAGGAGCGAGAUGAACUCAUAUCGCGCGAGGCGUACGCAAGAGAAGAGUUUGAGAAUGCGAAACAGGCCAUGCAAGACUGGGAGGCAUUGGCGCUUAAUGAGCGCUCUUUGCACGACAACCUCAAAGAGAAAAUGGCUGAAAUGGAGGAGCAGCUGGAAAGUUUGAAGGAGGCGCAUGCUAGGGCAGUGAGCCAAAGAGAUCAGAAUAGCGAGGCAGUGGACGGGCUGCAGAAGGCGUUGCAGAGAUUACAGACGGAGCGGAAGAACGAGCGUCGCGAGUUGGUCGAGAACCAUGAACAAGAGUUGGACCAGCUUAGAAAACAAGUUAAGGCCGCAGAAGAAGCGGCGGCAUCAGCUAAAGCCACCUUGGAGACCACCCAAAAAGAGCUCGAAAGAGCCUUGCCAUUCGAAAAGGAAGUGAAGGAAAAGAACCUCUUGAUAGGGAAGCUCAGGCAUGAAGCUGUAACCCUGAACGAGCACCUCACGAAAGCACUCAGGAUACUCAAGCGGGGGCGUCCAGAAGACAAUGUCGAUCGGCAGAUCGUUACAAACUACAUCCUCCAUUUUCUUGCUAUUGAUCGCUCGGAUCCGAAGAAAUUCCAGGCUUUGCAGCUAAUUGCUUCGCUACUCAACUGGAAUGACGAGGAGAGAGAACAAGCCGGCCUUGCCCGUCCAGGCACCUCCAACAGUAACCUUCGCAUCCCUUUGUCACCUUUCAGACGCGUUCCUUCUACACCAUCACUUACCGGUACGAUGCAUGCAGACCCCUUGCUUAUGGAGAGUCCGUCCAGCCACAAGGAGUCACUUGCUGAGCUUUGGUCCGACUUUCUUCGACGGGAGGCCGGCGAAGGCGAGCGGUCUCGGAGCGGAAGCCAGGCCACCGUUGCAACAUCUCCGCCUUCCAAGGACGACACGAAGUCUGGCUUAGGUAUCAGCGAACACUGACAUGAUGUCUGAUCCUGCGGCGGACAGCUUUACUAUGUAUAUAUAAGAAUACCUUUCUAUUCGGAGUUUAUAAUCAGUUAAACGGGCGUCAUCCUUGGUUGCAUCCGGAAUCCUAGCAAGUCAACGAAGCUUGCAUCGCACCCAUACCAAUUCAAUAGCCUUAACGAUUAUUAUACAUUUGCCCAU